UAAUAGGAAGGCGGCAGACACCGGGGCUGACCUCAGUAAUGGGGUCACUGUAACCUGCCAGAGCCGCCCGGGAUCUGUCUGUGACGGAGCCACCCCCCUGCUAUAAUGAGGGAGAAGCGAGCCAGGCGGCGGAAAGCGGCCGGCGGCGCCAGAGAGGAGACAGCGGAGCCGAUGAUGGCAUCAUCAAAUGAGGACUUCGCACUGGGAAGUGGCUUUUCUCCAAAGCCUGGCACAAGUAAACUACAAGGCCACGGAGCAGCAGCUGAUGCCUCUCCAGACUCCAAGUGUCCCAUAUGUCUGGACAGAUUUGAUAAUGUAUCUCACCUAGACCAAUGUUUGCAUCGAUUCUGCUUUCGCUGCAUCCAGGAAUGGGCAAAAAACAAAGCUGAAUGUCCUUUGUGCAAGCAACCCUUCCACUCUAUUUUUCAUAGCGUUCGAGCUGAGGAUGACUUUAAGGAGUAUGUUUUGAGGCCUACCAUGAAUGGCUCUUUUGCUAGUCCAGAAGGACACAGGUUUCGUUACCGUACAACGCUUACCAGGGAUUAUGCACCCAGGCGAACACUGAGAUCUUCAUCUGCACAAAGGACGUUUUCUCCUCCUGACAAUGGUAUUUUGUUUGAGGGGAUUACAAACACAACUUCUCAGCAAAGGGGAAGUGAGAUUCAUCAGAUGUUACGAAGGCUGGCAUCCAGACGACAGGCUAGUGCAGAGGGCCGAUCUAUGAGGCAGAUUCAAGAGCAGGAGCUGAUCAAUUUUAGAAGGGCGCUCUACCGGUCUGGGGUACGUGUUAGGAAUAUACAGGAUGGAGGUCGCUAUCGUGAUAUUUCUGCAGAGUUCUUCCGCCGAAAUCCUGCUUGCCUCCAUCGACUUGUUCCUUGGCUGAAGAGAGAAUUAACAGUUCUAUUUGGCAGUCAUGGAUCUCUUGUAAACAUUGUGCAGCACAUAAUCAUGAGCAAUGUAACACGAUAUGACCUUGAAAGUCAAGCCUUCGUUGAGGAUCUGCGUCCCUUCCUCCUACAUCGCACAGACCACUUUCUGCAUGAAUUCAUAAACUUUGCUAGAUGCCCUUAUAAUAUUGAGGCAUAUGACCAGCAUGCCAAUUAUGAUUGCCCUGCACCAUCAUAUGAGGAAGGAAGUCAUUCUGAAUCAUCAAUUAUCACAAUUUCACCAGAUGAUGUGGAUAAUAGGAGCCGAGAUAUUCCUGAGUCUUCCAUUUCUGUGGGCCAAGCCCCAUGGGAUGAUGAAACUCCUGGACCUUCAUAUUCUAUAAUAGAACAACCUGCAACAGCUGUGUCAACUACGGUGGAUCUCUCUGAAAGUUCAGAUGAUGAUCCUUCAAGUAGCAGGGUGGUUGUCGAGACUUCUAAUGAUGGUACUACUGAAAAUAAGCAAGAUGUGUCAAUUACACCUGAUGACUGUGUCAUAGUAGGCUAUGUUAAGCCACUAGCAGAAAGAACGCCAGAAUUAGUGGAGCUAUCUUCUGACUCAGAAAGCUCCCUAUGUGAAGUGAAAUGUGAAAAAUCUAAAAAACCUCAGUUGAGACAGUUCAUUUCAAGUGACAGUAAUGUGUCCAGCAGAUCUUCAUCUCCAUCUUCUCUUUUAAAUGAAAAAAUGACUAGGAAAGCUAACCUUAAAAAGAACUCUUCGUCUGUGAAACAUUCUUAUGCCAAAAAGAAAGAGAGGAAAAAGCCACUCCAUGGGUCUACUAAGAAUGUACGAGAAUCAAGCAAGGAUAAAGGCGAUUCAUAUAGUAACUACUUGUCGAGAAGAAGGGCAAGGUCAAGGAGCUCAGAUUGUUAUUCUCGUUCAUCACGUAAUAAAGGUCAUGACAGUCGAAGGAGGCACCACAGCAAAACCCAUUUAAAAAGCAGACACAAGAGCUGGCGGGAAAGGAAACGAUCAAGGAGCAGAGACAGGAGUUUGUCAUGGAGAAGCAGGACUGUGUCACUGACUAGUGAAAGUUCUAGAGAAAGGGGAAGGUCUAGUUCAAGAAGCAGAAACCACAGCAGAGGCCGAUCAAGAAGUCGUGACAACAAAGACGUUACUGCAGACAACUACCGCAGUACAUAUCAAUGGGAGUACACUUAUUAUAGCAGAAAUCGGGGAAGAGAUGGUAAUGAGCAAUCCUAUAAGAGAAGAGCAUGUGGUCUAGGUCGUUAUUCUAGACCAUCUGAUAGUACAGAAUACUAUAUGCAGUCUUAUUCUGAAAGAAAGGGAACUAGACGUGAUCGGGAACAUGUUACUGGCAGGCAGCAUUAUCGUGAAAGACGCAGAUCAAGAAGUCAUUCUGGCAGUCAGAGAACUACAUCAGGCACUGAUCACACUCGAUCUGACAAGCCUAGCGGUAAAAGAAAAUACAAAACACGACAUCUUGAGAACCAGGAAAAAGAGGGCAAUAUUGAAAAUCUAAAUAGCAAGACAACAGAUGAAAUUAAGCAGUCAGUAACAACUACCUCUUCCAAGAGUGAUGGGGCAUUUAAGAAUGAUUUCACAGAGUCAUCAUCUCAAGAGCCAAAACCAAAGAUGAAGAAGAAGACAAGGAGUCCGAGUGUAGAAAUCGUGUAUGAGGGCAAAGCAAUGGAAAGCUCAAGGCAUCACAAAAAAAAGAAAAAGAAGAAACACAAGAAGAAACGCCAUAGGGAACAGACACCCCGUUCUCCUGCUGUUUCUCCCAUUAUCAUUACCAUUGAUAGUGACAGUGAAACUCCACUGUUGGAGGAUCCACCUCGCAGUGAUAUUUGUACUUUAAUGCCAGUUGAAAACAGUGUUGACUCUACUAUUCUGUACAGCCAGUCCCCAUCUACCUCUGCCACUGUCAGCACAACAGACUUAAUGAGUGUAGAUAGGGCAGAGCCACCUUCUACAAAUUAUGGAUUAUGUUCAAACAGUGAACAUAUUGAUGACACCACAGGCAUACUGGAUGGUUUGCACUUUGAUAGCUCUGAUGAGCAGACCCUAGCUGCAGACCAAACUUUCCCCCUCAACCCAACUCGCCAAGAUGAUUCAUCAACGGAGUUGGAAUUACUGACUGUGGAGGCUGCACAGGGUUUUACCACACCAUCAACACCUUCAGUAACACCUGAACUUCAAGAACUUCUUGCUGAGAAUGGCCAUGAAAUUGAUCCCUUGGAAAAUAUUACAUAGUGUCUUAUGCUGCAUUUAUCAGAAAUAUUUGUGGUGUAAUCUGUUAUACAGACGCUUAAUGCAGACCUUCUUUGCCAGUCUCAUUUGUGUUCUUUAGAUAUGCUAUUUUCUAUUCAAUCAAUAUCUUCAACAACAAACAUGGGUUAAUUGCUUUGUCUGUUUCCAUUUUUUUUUUCUUCAGGUGGUAAGUGCUUGCAAAACUCAGUCUUUAAGUGUAUAUUGAGCCUUUGAGGAUGCCUGUUCACACCCAUUCUUCUCCUUUUUAUAACUUAUUGGCAUUGCAGGACCAUAAUGUUAUAAAAUUACAUUAGACAUUGUAGUGCAUCAAUACAAUGCACUGUUGGAUUCUUGACUUCUUACUUAUUCUAUUUUAAAAAAAUAAACAAAAAAAACAGCUGCUCAAAAACACACUAACCUCAACCUCCUGAAUCCAGGCUUAACGCACUAAAAUACAAUCCGUUUUAUAUACAAGAGGAAAAAAAACAGGAGAAAGCAAAGUGUGAUUUAUUGUGGAAAUCCUUUAUUAAAACUUAGUUCCCUCCUAAGUAAACAUUGGCACACUCAUAACCUUGCCCAGCUGGGUCCCAAAUGCUUACAAGAUUUAGCCUUUUAGUGUACAUUCAACCUUUUUGAUUUCCCCCCUUCACAGUAACACUUCCUCUUUUUCUGUUUUAUUUGUAUUUCGAAAACCGAAAAGGUUUUAUCCAAACUGUACAGAACAAACCACUGGUUGCCUUCCAGUAGUAAGCAUUGUUAAAACACAUGCUUGAUCUACUUUGUAAACCAUAGGCUUCUGUAAUUUCAGAAGUACUUGUAUACCAGCUCUAGAGUUUACUUGUAGUUUAUCAGUGUAAGAUUGUGUUUUCAAAAAAACAGAAUGAAUGCUAAUUGAAAAUUGGGAUGAAGUAACUUUCUGAAAUACCAAGAUAAUUAAAAAAAAUAUGGUUAAGUGUUGGAAGAGAGAUGGAUCGUAUUGUUUGGUAAAAUUGCAUUUGACUUUGAAGAGCAUACAAAUUGCACUGAUUUCAUGAAGUAUAACAUUGCGAGUCUUUUUAAAGCAACAUUAUAGCGGUAGGAAUACACACUUGUAUUUUUAAUGCUAUAAAACCCUAGUCCUACAUUAGAUUUAGUCCCCCACCAUUUUCCUUUUUUUUUGUUUUUUUUUUUUUUUUUUUGUUUCAUGCACGGAGUCUCCCUUGGUGCUGCUUCCCUCAUUGUCUACAGCAAUGUCUUCAUAGACGAUCAGCUUGGUGGCUUGUCAUCCAAUUCAGUGCUUUUCAUAGAGGAGCAUUGAGGAUGUGAUGCACAUUUGUGGCAAUAGCUGCACUCGCAUCCAAUCAAAUGCUUCUAAUAGUGUUAAAUUCAAUACUUUCCUAUAAGCAGUAUUUGAUUUUAACAUUCUCAUGGAUGUCGACAGUCCCCUGCAGGAUUAUUCACUAGAGUAAAUUUCAAAUGUAAGGCCAAAGUAGCUAAACUGGAAGCAUAUUUAAUUUUUUUUCGUUUUGGUUAUCUUUACCUUGUAUUUGGAAUUCACUUUGCAUUCUCAGUGAAUA